UGUCUUUUUCAGGUACAGGUUAUCACAUUGCACCAGAGGAGUAAGACAGAGAGAAUACCCCGGCUGCCGGAGCAGCAGCAACUACUGACAGCCCCAUCGAACAUACCAAGGGAGCGUGUUGAUGAGGCUAGAAACGUGCAGGCAGCUUCUAACCAACAAAUUCCGCUCCCAGACUUUGCUCUGACUUGUCUGGUGUCAUAUAAUUGACACAAUGAGCUGCAGCAGUGUUACAGGUUCAGAGUUUUCUGAGGAAGAGUUCGAGAUUGGCGUGCUAGGACAAGGUGAUGAUGAUGGAAGUGUCAAACCAUCUUUCCAAGACAGCCCCAGUGACCCCGAGGAAGGCCUGAACAAGAAGCGCAACCGACCAGUCCGUUCAAAGGCUCGGAGAAUGGCUGCUAAUGUGCGUGAGCGAAAGCGCAUAAUGGACUACAAUCAAGCCUUCAAUGCUCUCCGUGUUGCCCUGAAUCAUGACCUCAGUGGCAAGCGACUGUCUAAGAUCGCCACACUGCAGAGGGCGAUCAAUCGUAUCUCCUCCCUCUCCGUAUUCUUAAGUUCAAAUCCUCCCAACAAGCCGUGCAGCCACCAGGAGUGUCACAGGUCAUCUGCAGGGCCAGCUGUGAUGGGAGUGUCUCGACUUGAACAGACCAGAGUUUCCGAACCUCGACUGGAGCAUCAAAGCUACGUUCCCUGGCGUGGAUCCAUUUCUCAGCAAAUGCAGCCACAACAAGGGGCUCACCUGCACAGGCUGUCUGUGAAUCCACAUGUCUACAUGGAUAACACAGUGACAUCAUGCCCACCUUCACCACACUACCCUUGUUAUCCUACUGAGGGACAUUUUCAUGGCUCUCGGGGACACUGCAAGAGCCCCAAUGAUCAUCCGCCCAGUCCGCUGCGAUACCCUCAGAUGGAUGAUGGGUUGGGGUAUCAAUCGGGAAUGUGGACCCAGUGUCCUCCAGGAUACAUGGACAGUUUUGUGGAGCCACCUCACACUCUUGGGCUUCCAUGGCGGGUGAGCUACAUGCAGGAGCCAGAAUACAGCUUCCCUCUGUGCUCAGAUAUACUGUAACAGGCUUAAGUCCCUCCUUGAGACCCGAGAACUGGACUGCAGCCAAAGACUUUCCAAAAUGAAACGACUGGGAGCAGAACCAGCUAAUCGAACACUUUAGACUGCAGUGGGAAAUAUAUAGUGAUCCAGCAUUUCUAAAUGUUUAAUCUAAACCAUUAGUAAGCAUAUCUGACAAAAAGGGUGAAAUUGUGUAUUCUAGACAGAACAAAAGUAAUUCUUUGUGGCUGUUAGUAUUUGAGUUACAUUGCUUGAUGUAAGACCCUGAAAAUGAAGAGAACUGUGAAGAGAACUGCUUAUUUAGUGUUUCAUGUUGUAGAAACCACAUAUUUGACACUGCAACAUCUGUUAAUGUAUUUAUUUUGUCAUUUCACAUUAAAAAUACAUCAGAGUGUAUUUUACUUUUGCAAAUAAUUCAUGCAUCCAUUUUAAACUUUGAAAUUAAAUGUUUGGUCUAAGUGA